AUGGUGGUCAAAAAAAAAAGUGUUAAUGUACCUUAUCCCUUGACAUAUGAUUGCUUCGAAGAAAUUUUAAAACAUUUAAUUGGUGAUCCCGGAACUCUCUUUUAUUGUCUUUUAGUUAAUCGACAUUGGUGUAGAGUUGCCGUUCCUUUGUUAUGGAGUCGUCCUUUUGAAUAUCAUGGUUUUGGUGAACCCGCAGCUGAUAUUAUUCAAAUUUAUGUAUCUUGUUUACCUGAAGUUGAAAGGCAAAAUUUGAUUGAUGAAGGAUUAGAACUUCCACCUCUUCGUUCUCCUCUUUUUGAUUAUCCAAAUUAUUUACAAAGUUUCGAAUCUGCACAUUUUACUGGGGCUGUUAUGUUAUGGUUAUCUACAAAGGUCAAGUCAUGGCUUUCAUUUAUAGAAGGUAGAGAACCUGAUUUAUAUUCAAACACAUAUCUUGUUCAAAAAGUUAUUGGAAAUUUAUUAUUUAGUCGUAGUAAGGGAUUAAAAGAUUUAGAUAUUGUUCAUUUUGAUGAAGAUGAUGAUUCUUUAAUUGCUGAUAUUACCUCAUUUAAUGAUUCUAAUAAAACUUUAUCAAGACUUGAAAAAUUUCAAUUUGAUUAUUCUGGUUGGGCAGAGCAAGAUGAUAAAUCUUCAGAAAUAAUUUCAAAUCUUUUUAAUUUUAUGUCAAAAUGGACUCGUAAUAUUCAACAUAUUUAUAUAAGUAUUACAAUUAUUUCCAAUCCUGAAUUAGAAUUUCCACAAAUAGCUCAAAGUUUCGCUCAACUUAUUGAAUCACAAAGAUCAUUAAGAGAAUUAAUUAUAAUGGGAUUUUGGACACCAUCCCUUUUUAACGCAUUAACAACUCAAGCUAAUUCUUUAACAUUUUUAAGAAUUCAUGAAUUAUAUCAAGAUCAAUUUCUUUUUUUAUUAAAUAUUUUACCAACAUUAAAAAAUCUUGAGACAUUACAAUUUUGGGGGUUUUGUGGUGAUUAUGAUGAAAGUAUAAAAGUUAAUACAAAGAACGGAACAAUUACAAAUCAAAUUAACAUCAAACAUUUACAUUACAAAGCAGAGAAAUCACAAAUAGAUAUUUUUAAUUAUAUUGGACCACUUAUUCAAAUGGCUAGUAGUAAUUUAAAGACAUUAUCAUUAGAAAGUGUGACCCCAGAACUUUGUUUACUUAUUGGUCAAAGUUGUCCUAACGUUACACAUUUAUCGUUAUCUUUAACAACUUAUGAAAUACCUGAUACAAUAUUUCAUCUUCUUUCUUCCAUUACGAAUCUUUUACAUUUUUCACUUUAUAUUUAUUCAUCAGAUGUUCCAUUCGCUACUACUGAAAGUUUAACAAAAUUUUCACUAUCGAUACCACCUAAUUUAGUAUAUUUUGGAUUUCAUUUAGCAAUAACUCCUUGUGUUUUGGAAUAUUUUUUAAAACAUUGUCAGGCGAAACUUCAAGUGUUAGCUAUAUAUCGAUCAGAAAUUAUUGACGAAAAUUUAAUAACAGUUAUAAAAGAUUAUAAAAAAGAACGUGAUAGUCUUCGAAAAUUAUUAAUCGAUCCAGGUGUUAAUACCUAUGAAGGAUCAACAAUUUCUAAAGCUUUAAUAGAAGCUAAUAAAUUUAUCCCUAUUAUUGAUACAGUUAUUGAAAAUUCUUAUUCUUUUUCAGGACCAGAAUAUGAGAGUUUUGUGGAUUUAUGGAAUCAAGAUAUUAUUUUAACUCCAGAACUAUAG